UCCUGCUUCCCGUUCUGGUCUUCCGAUGGCUUUUAAGAGCCAGGGCUGCGGGCCACUCGGGGAGAGGCGCUCAAGGGCUGCCAGACAAAGAGGAUGCCAAUAAGAGCAUUCUGGGCAACUGAAGAGUAACAAGCAAGGUUAAGAAAUCAAGCCAGAAAUCAAGUUGUUUUACAUUUCCUUCAGAAAACCACACAAUUCUUCUCCUUCCCCAGAAGCCGGGGAACAAAGGAUAGAAAAUAAAAAAAGAAGAUUUUUCAAGCUGGAAUUAGUAAUUUAUAUAGAACACAAGAAUACAUUGUAUGAAAAGAUCAGAGGAGAUUAUUUUUCCAUUCAGAAAAAGAAGGAAAUAAUCUGGAAGUCAGUGUAGAGUAAAAGAUCACAUUGGACAGUCACGUAGGGCAGACAUAAUGCAGGCUUCACACUGUGAGGAAGAAAAUGCUUUGAAUCAAAGUUCCACCCAACAAGGACCACACAUAUUUUUGACCUCUUCAAUAUCGGUGGUGGAACAGCUUCAUAGAUCUACCUAUUGUGAGAAAGAUUGCAAGUCACAGCUGAUUAUGGACAACCGGAUCCACAUUGGAGAAAAGCCAUAUAAAUAUUCUGAAUGUGGCAAAAACUUUAGUCAAAACUGCUCCCUUGUGGUUGAUGGAAGGACCCACACAGAACAGGCGCCGUACAUGUUUUCCCAAUGUGAUGAAAGCUUUGGCAUGCACAGCAACUUGGUAAUACAUCAGAGGACUCACAACAGGGAGAAAUCAUAUGACUGUCCUGAUUGUGGGAAGAGUUUCAUUGGAAACUCUCACCUCAUGAGACACCUGAGGACUCACACAGGAGAGAAACCCUUUGAGUGUCCCGCUUGUGGGAAAAGUUUCAGUCAGAAUUCCACCCUGGUGAAACACCAGAGGACUCACACAGGGGAGAAGCUCUUUGAAUGUUCUGACUGUGGGAAAAGUUUUAGUCAGAAUUUCAACCUGAUGAUACAUCAGAGGACUCAUACAGGAGAGAAACCUUUUGAAUGUCCUGACUGUGGAAAAACUUUCAGUCAGAAUUCCAACCUGGUGAUACAUCAGAGAACUCACACAGGGGAGAAAUUGUAUGACUGCGCUGAUUGUGGGAAAAGUUUCAUUACAAAUUCCCACCUGGUGAUACAUCAGAGGACUCACACAGGAGAGAAACCCUUUGAAUGUCCUAUUUGUGGGAAGAGUUUCAGUCAGAAUUACAGCCUGGUGAUACACCAGAGGACCCACACAGGAGAGAAACCUUUUGAAUGUCCUGAUUGUGGGAAGAGUUUUAGUCAGAAUUCACACUUGGUAAUACACCAGAGGAUUCACACAGGAGAGAAACCGUAUGAGUGUCCAGAGUGUGGGAAAAGUUUUAGUCGGAAUUCCAGCCUGGUGGUACACCAGAGGAUACAUACAGGAGAGAAGCCGUAUGAGUGUCCAGAGUGUGGCAAAGAUUUCAGUAGUAGGUCUAGUCUUCUAAGUCAUGUAGGCUUACACACAGGGGAGAAACCUUUCAAAUGUCCAGUCUGUGGACGGUACUUCAUGCGUAAAUCAUCUCUUAUUGCACACAAGGAAAUCCACACAAGGCAAACAUUGAUGAGUUUAGAGAAGGCUUGAAUUUCAUUUCUGAUCUCUCAUUGGGAAUGUAGGUGAGAAAUUGUCUGCAGGUAGUCCUUAACUUACCAUCAUAAUUGAGCUCAAAAGUUCUGUUGCUGUGUGAGAAAUUUGUUAAAUGAGU